CCUGGUUGCAGAUUUGUCGAGUACACAGCAGGUCGUGUUGUGACGGGGGAUGGGAGUGGGGAUUUCUCUCGCGGUCUUGUAGUUGAACUCUUGUCUGAAACGUUGUUUUCUUUGUGAAAACAGGCUUCGUAGCCGAUAAGUUCACUUUCCUGCUCGCGAAUGCACCUCACCACGUUUGAAAAGCGAAAAUAAUCUGCAAGUGCUCGACGAGUUCUGCUAUAAAACAGCUGAAAUGUAUUCGAGCGGAGCAGCGAGUGGUCAAACAAUGGAAGGAUUAUCAGCUCAUGAAACUUAUCUAUCCGCUCCAUCAGCUCCUCUGUCUCCUGUACCACAAGAGUAUGUGUUUAAACCACCACAGAGGCCAGACUUUGGCACCAUGGGUAGGACGAUCAAACUGCAGGCCAAUUUCUUUGAGAUGGAGAUUCCCAAACUGGAGGUGUACCAUUACGACAUUGACAUCAAACCUGAGAAGUGCCCACGCAGGGUCAACCGUGAAAUCGUCGAGCACAUGGUCCAGCACUUUAAAACACAAAUCUUUGGUGACCGAAAGCCUGUGUAUGAUGGACGGAAGAAUUUAUACACGGCAAUGCCCCUACCUAUAGGAAGGGACAAGGUGGAGCUGGAGGUAACUAUCCCUGGUGAAGGGAAAGACAGGAGCUUUAAAGUGGCCAUAAAGUGGGUUUCCUGUGUUAGUCUGCAAGCUCUUCACGAAGCAUUGUCUGGACGGCUGCCAAGCAUCCCUUUUGAGACUAUUCAAGCUCUAGAUGUGGUCAUGAGACAUUUGCCCUCCAUGAGGUACACACCUGUUGGCCGCUCAUUUUUCACACCUUCUGAAGGCUGCUCAAACCCUCUUGGUGGUGGAAGGGAAGUCUGGUUUGGCUUUCAUCAGUCUGUUCGUCCAUCUCUUUGGAAAAUGAUGCUUAACAUUGAUGUAUCUGCAACGGCAUUCUACAAAGCCCAACCAGUGAUCGAGUUUAUGUGUGAGGUUUUGGAUUUUAAGAGCAUCGAUGAACAACAGAAGCCCCUAACAGAUUCCCAAAGAGUCAAAUUCACUAAGGAGAUAAAAGGUCUGAAAGUAGAGAUCACGCACUGCGGGCAGAUGAAAAGGAAAUACAGAGUUUGCAACGUAACCAGGAGACCAGCCAGCCACCAGACGUUUCCAUUACAGCAGGAGAAUGGACAAACUAUUGAAUGCACUGUGGCACAAUACUUUAAGGAUAAAUACAAGCUGAUACUUCGAUAUCCUCAUCUCCCAUGUUUACAAGUCGGGCAGGAGCAAAAGCACACUUACCUUCCACUUGAGGUUUGUAACAUAGUGGCUGGACAGCGAUGCAUUAAGAAACUGACAGACAAUCAGACCUCCACUAUGAUUCGUGCCACAGCCAGGUCAGCCCCUGACCGUCAGGACGAAAUCAGCAAAUUGAUGAGAAGUGCCAACUUUAAUAGUGACCCUUAUGUGCGAGAGUUUGGGGUCAUGGUCAGGGAUGAAAUGACUGAAGUGAAUGGCCGAGUCCUCCAAGCACCAUCAAUUCUUUAUGGAGGACGGAACAAGGCAAUAGCAACCCCAAUCCAAGGUGUAUGGGAUAUGAGAAACAAACAAUUUCAUACUGGUAUAGAGAUCAAGGUUUGGGCCAUCGCCUGCUUUGCUCCACAAAGGCAAUGCACUGAACUCUUAUUAAAGGCAUUUACAGACCAGCUGCGUAAGAUUUCUCGUGAUGCAGGCAUGCCCAUUCAAGGCCAGCCCUGCUUUUGUAAGUAUGCUCAGGGAGCUGACAGUGUGGAACCCAUGUUCAAACACCUGAAGUACACCUACCAAGGCCUGCAGUUAGUCGUGGUCAUUCUUCCAGGAAAGACGCCUGUCUACGCGGAGGUGAAGCGUGUCGGGGACACAGUUUUAGGAAUGGCCACUCAGUGUGUCCAAGUGAAGAAUGUCCAGAAAACCACUCCACAGACAUUGUCCAACCUCUGUCUGAAGAUCAACGUUAAGCUGGGUGGAGUCAACAACAUUCUGCUUCCACAGGGAAGGCCCCUGGUUUUCCAGCAGCCUGUAAUUUUCCUGGGUGCAGAUGUAACUCAUCCUCCAGCAGGAGAUGGAAAGAAGCCUUCCAUUGCUGCAGUUGUUGGUAGCAUGGAUGCCCACCCAAGCCGAUACUGUGCCACAGUGCGUGUUCAACAGCACCGCCAAGACAUAAUUCAAGACUUGGCUGCAAUGGUGAGAGAACUGCUGAUCCAGUUCUACAAGUCAACUCGCUUCAAACCCACUCGUAUCAUCUACUACAGAGACGGCAUUUCAGAAGGUCAAUUCAAUCAGGUUCUGCAACAUGAGUUACUGGCAAUCCGUGAGGCCUGUAUAAAGCUAGAGAAGGACUACCAGCCAGGAAUCACUUUUGUAGUAGUCCAGAAGAGACACCAUACUAGGCUUUUCUGUAUGGAUAGGAACGAGAGGGUUGGAAAGAGUGGGAACAUCCCUGCUGGCACCACAGUUGACACGAAAAUCACUCAUCCAUCAGAAUUUGACUUUUACCUUUGCAGCCAUGCGGGCAUUCAGGGUACGAGCAGGCCAUCUCACUAUCAUGUGUUGUGGGAUGACAACCAUUUCACUUCAGAUGAGCUACAGGUACUCACAUACCAACUGUGCCACACCUAUGUACGCUGCACCCGCUCUGUUUCCAUUCCUGCACCUGCUUACUAUGCCCACCUUGUGGCAUUCCGAGCACGUUACCACCUGGUAGACAAGGAACAUGACAGUGCUGAAGGCAGCCACACAUCAGGCCAAAGUAAUGGGCGAGAUCAGCAGGCCCUGGCUAAAGCUGUGCAGAUCCAUCAAGACACACUGCGCACCAUGUACUUCGCCUGAGCUCUGUCAGAGUUGAGUGUCAUAUCCUCGAACACCAUGUGUCUGUAUGUUUUAACGUGCCCCGUUCAUCUUGGGGUCUCCAAAUGUGCACAUACUUAACUCAUAACAUUUCACACAUUCAAGCUCUUUAUCUCUGUAUUUAUUUGAGCUGCAAGAAAACAUUUUUUUGUCCAUUUGUUCUAUGAUUUUACACUGACAGUUCUGACUUUGCUUUGGGGUUUAUAUUAUUAUAAAUAUUAGAAUUAUGAUUAUGCCAAGGUUGAUGAAAUAGAACUUUUGAUGAAGUUAUAACAUUCAGGUUGCAAGAAAGACAUAUUUGUAGAACCUCUGUUAGUACUGACUUAGAAGGACUUCAGGACACGAGUACUUAUGUUUUUUUUUUGUUUCUUUCUUUCUUUCUUUCUUUCACAUGUACUAACAAAUCUAGGUCAGUGUUUUUUGUUAGUUCUCAACUAAGUCACUCUCGCCAUAGUUGAUGAAGCUGUUUUCUUUUAACUACAAACUGACAGAAUAUGUUUAUAAUUAAAUGGAAAUCCAAUCUUUCUAUUAUAAUGGUGAAAGAUUGGAUGGUUUUUAGGCCAGUGUAAAGUUAAUCAACUAGAAAUCUGUCAUUCUCUCACCAUGAGAAGAGUGUUUUGACAAUCAGCUGUCUGGGUCUGAAGAGAACUGUAGUUAAUACAGGACUGGUUCCUGAGACCAGCACCAAUUCUUGAACUAAAUCUGUUAGUAAGUUAUUCUAUUACUACCUUAGUUUUCUUUUUUGUUUUGCCAGCAUUAUCUGUUAGACCAUCCAAGUUAGACUGUAAAGAGGUGUACUAAUAAUGUGUGUGACGUUAGUUUCUAUGUACUGCUGAUUAUUAUUAUUACAAGUCCAGCCUGAACUUUUGCUUUCUUAAAGGAACACUCCAUUGUUUUCAAACUAAUCUCUAUCUACUGCUUCUGUAGUGUAUAACUGAUUACUACUUACUUAAAGGCUUAAUAACAUCUUUUUCUCUAUCCUGAGAAAAGAUCAGAAAGCCUGUUUCUGUGAAACUUAUUUAUAAAGACCUAAGGGCAGCUGUUGUAUGAUAUUAAACAUUUAAAGUUCCCGACCGUAGAUGGCAGUAGAUUAAAAAAAAUUCUGCCCACUUUUGCUUUACAUUCAUGAUUGUAUGCAUGUACGUCUGAAAAACAUCCUUUAAAAGUCAAAAUUAUGUAGAGAUUAUAUUUAAAGUCCAAUUCAGAAAUACCUGGCUGAGGAAUUUAUAAAAGCAUUCUACAGUUAGUUACAAUUACCUUGCCCCAGUUUUUUAGGCAUCUCUUUAUAAGUAAGAUUUGAGUUUGUUUUCUUAGAUUUUCUUGGUGCACAGAGAAGUCUGCAGUUAUUUUUUUUGUGAGAUCAGCCUGUGCAUUAGAGGUGCAGUGGAUAGAAAUCAGGUUUAACAAACUCUGGAGUAUUACUUUAAGUGUCUUGUGAUUCUGCUGUGGUGGUGCAUGAAUCACGAUGUAAAGGACAGAUUUUAAUUAUUUUCAAUGAUUAUUUUACGUCUCCAUGUUCAAGAUGGUGAGCUGUAUAUAGUUUCUUUGUUUAGAUCUAUACACACUGAUGGCUCAUGGAACAAUGGCCUUAAUGGUAUGGAGGUCUUGAGGAUUACGUUAAAGCGUUUGUUGGUUAUAGAUAUCUAGUUAGCCACAUUACACUUGAAUGUGUUACGCACCUUAUUUUAUUAUUUUUUGCCCAAAUGUCAGUGAUAACGCAAUAGCCUUUACCAUGAAUUUUUUUUUUUGACUGUUCUGUUGAAUCUAAAUUUGAGGACUCCUAUUGUGCAACUCUUUGCAUCUUUGGUGCUCAGAAGCUCUUCUCAAGAGCUUUGUCAUUGGGUUUGUCUAAUAGGUGAGUGGUUUUAGUUUUUGCUAAAGGCUUUUGAGAUUAUGGGGUAGAUUAGCAAAUGAUCCAACAAUUUGUAAAAAAUUACUGUUGUAUAUUGUUUGGGCAUUUUUUACUGUUAUAAAUGCAAAUAUUAUUGGAACGUUGAUUAGCUUCCCCAUAAGUUUCACAUUUAACUUUAAAUAACCUAUAGCUGAACAUUUUUAAACUUUUAUACCUAUGCAUUUAUAAUCAAGAGAUUUUAGUGUGUUUUUGUGUAUAUAUAAUGACUUUAGAUAAUGUGUAUUGUAGUCAUUUUAAGCUUUAAUAGAGUGCAUGGGGGGGGCAACCUCUUCCUAUUGUAGCAGUAUUAGCCUAUAGAAUAUUCUAUUUUUAUUAUAGCAGACAAUUAGAUACAACUUUCAGUUAGUCAUGUUAGCCAAGAAAGAUUACACAUAUUUAAACAUACUGUUAUCCACAUAAACUGAAGCACAACAAACGAUCGGUGCUAAAACCUUUUCCUAAAACAAAUAUUUUAUGUACAAUGAGAUCACAGUAAAAAAAAAAAAUCAACCAUGGAAAUGAUUUUUAAGGUUGAGUUUCUUCAGCUUAUUACCAGCGUUAUUCAUUACUGUCAUUUUCUGACUGAACUGUGUUGCAGGGGCAUUUUAAUUCUCAGUCUCAAAUACUUGACUUAGUUAUUUUUCAUAUUUGACGCUGGUCUCUAAACUUGCAGAUGCACUUUUAAGGGCAUUGGACAUGUACCAUUAGUAAUUGUGUGGAAAUGGCUAGCUGUCCUACCUCUUGUUGCCUGUUUCUAAUAUAAUGGUAACAUCACUGCGUUAGUCAUUUUUUUAUAAUUACACAAGUGGUGGUGUUAGAAUAAAUUUUUUCUCACAAAGUUUCCGGGCAUCUUUUAGUGUCACAUAGCUCAGAAAUUACCAAGAGGCAUAUCUAUUCAGAGGCUAUUCUUGGUGCCAUUAAAAUCUUUUACAUAAACUGCCAUAUCUUAUUUUUUUUUUUUAAAUAAGUUUGAUUUGAACAAAGUGCUAAACAUUCAGAGCUUUGAAAUAACCCUGCAUGGUUAGAAUGAAAUUUACCAAAUGGAUUAUCUAAUUCUCAAUCUUUAUGUAAGUGCACAGUUUGGCAUACAUUCUUACCCCACUGGCUGUUAAUACGGAACAAUGUGUGUUGUCAUUUAUCCAUUUGCACAUCUGGUGAUCUAUUAUUUAUCACUUAGUUAAGAAAGCAACCGAAGUAAGCAACUUAAACCAUUUUUUGCCUGCAUGGUUUCACUUCACCUUCCUUUUUAUUGGUUUUAUUUUUAAUGAUACAGUCGACUUUGUCCUGCAAAUAUGUUGAUUUACAGAUUUUACUUGAGUUUUUUGUAUUGUACCUUUUAAACCCAGCACCUUAGGUUGUCGGAACUCUUAAGCAUAUGCAAUUCUUCUAUAAUAAAAUCAAAAUCCAUAAUUGAGGUGGUUUUGCACUAUAUGAAAAUGUAUAGAUUAUUUUUUGGAAAGAUGAGAAUGUUGGUUGUCCUUUUUAAUGACCAUAAAUGCUAGUGGGUACCGCAGUUGUUUAUGAGAUUGUAUUACAUUUUGGUGCAUUUCCACAAAAGGAAAUUGGUGCAGAAUCUGAAGCUACACAUAGAUAAUGAGUCAUGACAUUUGAACAACUAUGCAAAAACCGAUCUUGGUUCAGAGCCAUUCAUUCGUUUUGUAGUUUUUUUGGACAUUGGACAAAUUUGAUUAGUUUCUUGAUCCCUAGUGGUUUGUAUGUAAGUUUGAUUAUGAAUUGAAAUUCCAUUCUUCCAGAGACUUGAGGACUGAAUUAUUUUGUAUAUUUAAUGUCAGAUAUGUAAUGGAGUUCACUGGAAAUGGAGUUGAUCUUUCAAAAUAUGAAACUGCCAUUUGUAUUCAAUAAUUAUUAUUUUUUCUGCAGAACGUUGAUGUCCAGUGUAAUCCAAAACAAGUGAUAAUGUAACGCCGGAUGCAGUAGUUUGAUGUUUUAAGUGAAGACAAAACAAAUGAUUUUGUCUAUGCAGAGCACAACCACAUAGCACAUUUUGUGAGUAUUUUGUGAUAAUGUGAACAAGCUAAAUGAGGAUCAGCAUGGUGCUGUUUUGAAAUUACAAUGCAGAGGUACCCUUAUUUGGUAAAUCCAAGAAAAUGUCUACAAUAUAUGAAUCAAUGACUGUAAACUGUUUUGCCUAAUGUCUAGUCAGGAUUUUACAGAUCUGAUACGUCCUCUUGAUUGGCAAGAGUCAAAUAAAUUUUUAUUAGAGGAUAUUAUAAAGUAAUGGUCUCUAACGACUAAAAUUCCAACUUUGCACUCAAACUUCCUGCUUGUAACUGAAUAGGAGAAUUUAAAGCCUCACAAGUCUACUGAAAAUAUAAACAUGAGUGAAAGGAAGAGAAAAAAAGACCAUUGCAUAUAUGGAGAUACUUAUUGGCAUAAGUAAUACGCAUACAUGUUUAUGAGCUACAGUUCAGAUUUGAGCAAGAUAACUUUUGUGUUUAUUACUGACAUAUGGACAAAUCUCUCUGUUGCUUGUGUUUGAGGUGCUGCACUGUAAUAAUUGUGUAUACUUAGGGCAAUAUUGUGUUGUUGCUGUUGUACAUUUUAGUACAUUUAUCAUUUCUGUUUAAAUUUCAAGCAUAAAAUUCCAUACGGCCAUUUCAAACUAUAGUCUGGUGCCCAGGUUAUAAUUUUCAUCUAACGAUCUUUGUUCUAACCACUGCUAGUCAUCAUCUAGAAAACUUAGAAUUUAUCUGCUCCAUUUCACUAUAUGCACAAGUAUAUAUUAACUUAAUUAUUCAACAGGUUACCGUUUAGAUUUGACACCAUCCUUUAUUUUUCCAGAUGUACAUUCUAAAGUGAUUUUACUAAACAAAAAUCAGCAUGGUCUCUUUUUGAAAAGAAGUCUUCAUCUUAUCAAAAAGCAGACAUGUCAUUGGUCACCAGUAUCUCAUAUGCACACAAAAUACUGAGUGCAGUGUUCCUGUGAAAAAAUGACUUAAUAACCUGGCAUUUUAUACCAACUUUGAAAACUACCUCAGAAUAAUUUAGGGUGCUAACCUUCUCUAUUCUUCUUCCUCUUCUUCUCUCUCUCUCUUGCGUUCUCUCGCACUCUCUCUCUUGUGCUCUGUGUGUGUGUGUGUGUGUGUGCACACAUUCACAGGAACUGUCCACUUGCAUAUUUAUACAGUUAUCAGCCAACCAUGAUGCAGCAGCACAGUACCUAACAUCAAUCAGAUACAUGCCAAGAGCUUCAGUUAAUGUUCCUUUCAAACAGAAUAAAGAAAAUGUGCGAUGAUCUUUGGCUUUAAUUGGGGCAUGGUUGUUUGUGCCAAAUGGGCUGGUUUGAGCAUUUUGUGUGUGAAAAUAUAAGCAGGAUUCUGAAAAAAUUCAAACCAUCUGGAACCAACAACAUACCUUAAUCAAAGUGAAAAAGAUCAAACUUUUUUGUUAGAUGGGUAAUUAACUGAAGCUCUUGAACUAUACGUACAUGAUUUUUACUUUGUGCUGCUGCCACAUGAUUGGCUGAAAAUAUAUAUACAGUGACAGUGAAUAAUAGUGACCAAACAGCUCAAGCCAAUAUUGCAAAAAAAAAAAAAAAACGAUUGAAAAAUUGUAUUGUCGAAAUGAGGGAUGUCCUGUCAAACACAAAAAAAAAAGCAGGGGACCAAAUUGUGAAGACAUUCUGUUGACUGUAAACUGGCUUUUGGCGCAAAAAAAAGUUAUAAUUGAUUAAUCAUUAAUUUUGUUUCAAAAUUUGAUCAUCAUUAUUGCCUUCUAUGGUAGUUUGGCAAAGAUGCACAAGGAUAUGUUGCUAAUAAGGUCAGGCAGUAUAACGAUGAUACUGACACAAUCUCGAUCAACACGAUACACUUUUCAUUACUCUUUUUCAAGUUUCAUUAUCAUCAUCAGGUGUCCAUGCUUUCAUAACUUACUGUAAAAGGCAACUGACUAGACAAAAACAUUUGUGUACUAAUUGGUUCAUUUCAGUUUUUGCUUUGAUGGAAACCCCUUAUUAGCAAAAUAUAUAACCUUUAUUGCAAAGAUGUCUUUAGGUUUUAUGAUUUCAGAUCUUUGCCAUAUUGCAUAGCCUUAGUUUCUUGUUUGAGUAAACAGAGAGCAAUAAUUGCAUUAUUACUCUUGUCUACAGGGUGCAUCAUUGUUUAUUUACUUUAGUUUAUUAUGUGGUUCCUCACCGAGUGCCAUCUGUACACAUUAAGGUUUUAUCUGGUUGUAUGAUGUGUGUUCUCGCCGUACUCAUCAGUAGUGGUGUGCCAUAUUCAGGAUCAUGUACUGGGUUCAGUUGCCCCAGUCAGCACUGCAGCUCUGCUUUUGCAAUACUACAGAAAGGCAAAUUUGCUACAUCCAAAAAUCCUGGCAUGAUUGUAAUUUUUUUUUUUUUUUUUUUUUUUUUUUUUAAAUGUUUCUCCAUGUUUGACAGCAUGAUUUCUAACAAACCAGCCUGUCUGCAUCGCUCUGUCUGAAUGCUUGCAAUUAGCCUUGAUUCUUCAUUUUGAUAAAUAUUCAGUAUUGCAAUAAACAAAAUUGAGGGUCAUUUUGGUGAAAGCUAAGUGUAAGCUAUUUGGAAUAGUUUUGCGUAUAAUUUUUACCUUGCAAUGUUUUACAAAGGGAAUUCUCUGUUAUAUUAAAUGUGUUUUAAAGAACACACUCUACUGAUACACUGGCCUGUUUCCGUUGGUACAAAGGGUAUGAAAAUAAAAUCAAAAUUCUUGAUCUUUUUUUGUUAAGCUAAAUAGCUAAAGACAUCCUGUUUGUGUUUGUUUUUGUGUGUGCGCUUUUUCAGAUCUGUCAUCUCCUAUAUUUAUAUUUGGUGGUAAUUAUUUUUAAUUUGAUAAUUCAUUUUCACAGCAAAGAAUUUAUGAAUUACUCAUGCAACCUUGCAUGAAUGCUGCAUAGAACGAUCAGUAUUUGUAUAUUGCACUUUCUAAUCAGUUAAAAAAAAAGCCCUAUUUAAAAUUGGGCAGAGAAAUUAAAAGAAAUUUGAGACGAGGUAUAUUCCGCUAUAAUAGGAUUGUUUUUGUUUUUGUUUUUUAGAAAAAAAGUGACUUUUCUAAAAAAUGUGCGUAGACAUGAAGUACCUCAGAAGCCUGCUAUAUGCUGCAACAUCUUCAUUAUUGUUCAUUGUUGUUUUCUUUUGUGAACCUCAUUGUCUUUCGUACAUACAGUAACAGUUUUCCAGACAGAGGUUGUAUGUGCAUGUGAGGCAGUGCUUACACCUUUCUAAACUGUGUUUUGGUUUGAAUAAAUCUUCCUUUUAACAGCAGUAUUUACAUUGGACUUUUCUUUGAGUGAGAGAGAGGUGCUGUAGAGUACAUAGGGAAUUCCUUUUUUUUUUUUUCCAAGUAUUAUUCAGUUUAAAUUUUUCAUAAUCUGUGUUGAUUUUUCAUACUAAUCUGGCUUUUACUUACAGAGAAGAUCACAAAUGGCAACUAAUUAGAUGUAGUCCGAAAAGACUGCUGACUCAGGUAUUGCCGUUUAAGGGCUAUAUCUGCUACUGAAUCUCCACCUUGUACUCACUCACUCACUCCCUCACUCCCUCACAUGUCUUAACAUAGCCCUGGAACUGCAUUUAUGGCUAAAAUAUCAGUGUAUCUGGCCUUAAACAGUGCACUAUUUACCAGACCAUGUAAAUCAUGCAUUUUUCUGCAUCACUGCCAAACAUGUACUAGAUUUUUGCCAAAAAUCUACCUCAUGAAGUGUCCUGGAAAUACUAGAUAGUUUAAAAACAAAUCAUUCUUCCAUUACCUGUAUCUGAGAACUCCAGGAUGCUCCAGCUGAGGCUGUGUGUAAGCGUGUCAUCCAAGCCAUGAAAAUGACCAAAGUUUUUAGGAAGGCGUUCCGGUGGCACUGCCUUGCAGGCUCAAAUCUCCUCCUCCUCACAUCAGACAUCUAUUGUUCUUUUUAAUUCCUACUUAAGCACCUGCCAAAUUGAAUUUACUGUCAUUCCUGUUAAGAACUUUUAUAUCUCAUUCUUGUAUUUGGACUCACCGCUAAGCUCUGUGUCUUUUGUUCUUUCAUUAUGUAAAGUGUGAGCUUUUGAGAUUUUCUUUUUCAUUCAUGCUUUUAUUAUGAUUGCAAGUUCAAUAUAUGCUGUAAACCCUGCUAGGAUAUAAUGUGAAUAUCAUUUAAUAUAGUUGACUUUUUUCUCUUUUUUUUUUUUUUUUUUUUUUGUUUGUUUGUUUUUUUGCUUGACUGUAUAUGGCAUUGAUUAAUAAACUUCAGUUCUCUUCA